ACUUAUUUACGGGGUUAUUUAUUUUUACCACAUUCCUAAAAAAGCGUACACCUCAACCCCAAUCAAUGUCUUUUCAUUUCUUCACAGCUAUAAAUAAACACAAACAUAAGACCGUUGCCUAUGACUUUUCACAUAACAAUAGCUGUUACCAAAACCAUGUCCACCUCAACCUUCUCGCCGAUCUUCCUCCUCCUCCUGGUGCUCCACCUCGCCACCGCCGCAUACUCCAUCGGCGUCAACUACGGAACCCUCGGCGACAACCUUCCGCCGCCGUCAGCGGUGGCAAACUUCCUGAAAACAAAGACCAUCAUCGACAGCGUGAAGAUCUUCGAUGUGAGCCCGCAAAUCCUUCAAGCCUUCGCCAACAGCGGCAUCUCCGUCACCGUCACCGCCCCCAACGGGGACAUAGCGGCUCUGACAAACAUCAACUCCGCUCGACAAUGGGUCGUGAGCAAGAUCAAACCUUUCCACCCUCAGACAAAGAUCAACUACAUCCUCGUAGGAAGCGAGGUCCUCCACUGGGGCGACACCAACAUGAUCCGAAGCCUUGUCCCCGCCAUGAGAACCCUCCACUCUGCCCUUCUUGCUGAGGGAAUCACAGACGUUAAGGUUACUACUGCACACUCUCUGGCGAUAAUGCGGGCAUCAAUACCACCAAGUGCGGGUCAAUUCAGGCCUGGGUUUGCGAAGCACGUGUUGGGGCCAAUGCUGAAGUUCCUCAAGGAAACAAGGACACCGUUUAUGGUGAACCCGUACCCGUAUUUCGGUUACAACCCAAAGAAUGUGAACUUUGCACUGUUCAGGCCGAACCGUGGGUUGUACGACAGGAACACCAAGUUGACUUACACGAACCAGUUCGAUGCUCUGAUGGACGCCGUUUACUCUGCCAUGAAAGCCCUUGGGUACGGUGACGUGGACAUUGCCGUUGGUGAAACGGGGUGGCCCUCCGUUUGCGACGGUUGGGACGCGUGCAGCGUGGCUAAUGCUCAGUCUUACAAUGGCCAGCUUGUGAAGCACUUGGAACAAGGGAAGGGAACGCCGUUGAUGCCGAACCGCCGGUUCGAGACUUACAUUUUUGCUCUUUUUAAUGAGAACCAAAAACCCGGUCCGAUCGCGGAGCGUAACUGGGGUCUCUUCCAACCGGAUUUCACUCCCGUUUAUGAGUCUGGAAUCUUGCGCAACAACGCACAGAGAGGAGGAAGAGUGCCAAGACCAGUAGCAUCAGGAGGACAAAGAUGGUGCGUGCCAAAAGCAGAUGCUAGCAACGAAGCCUUACAAGCAAACAUAAACUAUGUGUGUAGCCAAGGAGUUGAUUGCAAACCAAUCCAACCAGGAGGUGUUUGCUUUGCCCCAAACAACAUUAGGGCACUUGCCACUUAUGCCAUGAACGCCUAUUUUCAAGCCAAUGGUCGCCAUGAUUUCAACUGUGACUUCUCUAACACUGGCCUCAUUACUUCCUCUAAUCCAAGCCAUGAUAAUUGUAGAAUCUGAGCUCGUCUCUUGAAGAUCAUAAUCAGAGGAAAGAGACCAAGGUAGAGAGAAUGGUAGAAGAGGGGGGAAAUAUGGUGUUUGUGUUAGUGAGUUUGUGAUUAUUCAUUCGUGUACUCUUAUAUUUAGUUUGUAUGUUGUUCCUGGAAAAAGAAUGUUAACAUUGGCAUGGCAUUUCAUGCUUGGCUAAAUCUAUGGUUGGUGUAUGGCUGUUUGAUAAAUGGAAAAUAAUAGUCUCAUGUGACAUAAGAUAGUUAUCUUAUGUUAUAUACCCAUAGAAUUU